CCCAGGGCCGUGCCCUCACCGCUCACGGGGCAGCAAUGGGCCACCUCGGGCAGGUGCAGCCUGGCCCACACCGACUCAGCGCCUGACGCUGCCACCAGAGCACCUCACACCUGAGAGUGGCAGUGACGGCGGAGACCCUGCCCGCCAGGGCUCUGGGACACGGACGGGGAGGAAGGCAGUCUCCUAGCUGGUGCCCUCUCCACCAGAUGGAUGGUGUCUAGCCUGCUUCCUCGCCCCUCCUCGGCCGCGUGCUGGGAGGCACUUCUGCACGCGCACAUGACUCUUGAUAUGGAUGCAGUCCUCUCGGACUUUGUUCGGUCCACGGGGGCAGAACCUGGUCUGGCCAGAGACCUGCUGGAAGGUAAGAACUGGGACCUGACAGCCGCGCUGAGUGACUACGAGCAGCUCCGGCAGGUGCACACGGCCGGCCUGCCCCACGCGCUCAGCCAGCGGUGCUGUGCCCCGCAGCCCGGCCACAAGGCGGAGCGGCCGUGCCUGCAGCGGCAGGGUGACAUCGCCCAAGAGAAGCGGCUCUCCCGCGGCAUAUCCCACGCCAGCUCCGCCAUCGUCUCCCUGGCGCGGUCCCACGUGGCGAGUGAAUGCAGCAGUGAGCAGCUGCCCCUGGAGAUGCCUGUCUACACAUUCCAGCUGCCAGACCUGAGUGUGUACAGCGAGGACUUCCGCAGCUUCAUCGAGCGGGACCUGAUCGAGCAGGCCACCAUGGUGGCCCUGGAGCAGGCCGGGCGCCUGAACUGGUGGUCCGCUGUGUGCACCAGCUGCAAACGGCUCCUCCCUUUGGCCACGACGGGGGACGGGAACUGCCUCCUGCAUGCGGCCUCUCUGGGGAUGUGGGGGUUCCACGACCGGGACCUGGUUCUGCGGAAAGCACUCUACACCAUGAUGCGGACAGGGGCUGAGCGGGAAGCCCUGAAGCGGAGGUGGAGGUGGCAGCAGACGCAGCAGAACAAGGAGUCGGGGCUGGUGUACACAGAGGAUGAGUGGGAGCGCGAGUGGACGGAGCUGCUGAAGCUGGCCUCCAGCGAGCCACGCACGCACAUUGGCAAGAACGGCGGAUCGGGCGGCGGUGUGGGCAGUGCCGAGGACCCGGUGUACGAGAGCCUGGAGGAGUUCCACGUGUUCGUCCUGGCCCACAUCCUGAGGCGGCCCAUCGUGGUCGUCGCAGACACCAUGCUCAGAGACUCAGGGGGAGAAGCAUUCGCGCCCAUCCCCUUCGGCGGAAUCUACCUGCCCCUGGAGGUGCCUCCCAACAGGUGCCACUGCUCGCCCCUGGUCCUGGCCUACGACCAGGCUCACUUCUCUGCCCUGGUGUCCAUGGAGCAGAGGGACCAGCAGCGGGAGCAAGCUGUGAUCCCCCUGACGGACUCAGAGCACAAACUGCUGCCCCUGCACUUCGCGGUCGACCCCGGGAAGGACUGGGAGUGGGGCAAGGAUGACCACGACCACGCCCGGCUGGCCCACCUCAUCUUGUCGCUGGAAGCCAAGCUGAACCUCCUGCACAGCUACAUGAACGUGACCUGGAUCCGGAUCCCCUCCGAGACCCGGGCGCCGCUGGCGCAGCCAGAGUCGCCCACGGCCUCGGCGGGGGAGGACGUGCAGUCCCUGGCCGACUCGCUGGACUCGGACCGCGACUCGGUGUGCAGCAACUCCAACGGCAAGAACGGCAAGGACAAGGACAGGGAAAAGCAGCGCAAGGAGAAGGACAAGACGCGCGCGGACUCCGUGGCCAACAAGCUGGGCAGCCUGAGCAAGACGCUGGGCACCAAGCUCAAGCGGAACAUGGGCGGCCUGGGCGGCCUGGUGCACGGCCGGGGCAGCCGCGCCAGCUCGGCGCACGGCCGGGGGACCGCCCGGCGCCAGGACCAAUCCACGGCUGCAUCUCAUAGGCAAAGCGCCAGCCCCGGCUCGGGCACCAUUGUCACUGCCAUCCAGCCGCGGGCGUCCCCAGGACGGGCACCGGACAACCUACCUCGCAGGGCGCCUCAGGUGGAGCCGGCUCCCUGCUCAGAACGGUGGGGCUGCUCGGCGAGGGAGCUCUCCGAAGACCCUUGGCUCUGGGAAGCAAAGGGUGUGCACGCCCCGGCCGCGCAGAUGCCACAGCCAGGCUGGGCCGCCCCUGCAGACAUUGGCACAGACGCGGCUGGAGGUGCCCAGGAGACAGGCAAGGAGUGGCCGGUGAUCGCCGUGUCCCGUCCCCCCCCAACCCUGCUCUGA